GAAGUCGUCGUUUUCGUCAACACGUGAAAGGGAAGUAAUUUUCACUGCAUGAGUGUUGUUUCCGGGUACUUGUGUUGUGUGAAGAAACUUCAGAAGUAUAUUGCAUUCAUAGAAAAGUAGAGAGGGACAGAACAGAAAUACGGUACAAAAUCAGGGGGAGAUAAUUCAUUAGUUAAAACAUUCCAAACAGGAUAUUCCAAAGUAGUUCUCCCCCUUUGUGUUUGAAAAUAAAUUAGUAUUCAUUCCAAGAAUAUUGAAUUUGGAAUUUGCGAACACAACGACUACUUCAUUGAUACCUCAAAUUUGUUUGAACUACAGAAGAAGGAUAUAUAUAUCUAUCUGUGAGAGUUAUUUCUGAUCUCAUCAUAACCAAGAGAUAACCGUAUCCAUAAUCCACUUGUGUACCUCUUGUGAUCUCAGCAUAUCCAGGCUUUAUUUCAGGAAUCUCGGCUCUGUUUAUAAACCAAUCUGUGAUUUCGUAUAUAACAUACAGACUUUGAGUACCCCUCUGCAAAGUUGAAUUUCCUUAUCGUUUUUAGUGUACCAUCCUGUGGUGUUUUGUGACUUCUGUUGACAGACUGUGAUAUUGUGAAGCAUCACUAGAUAUUGUUCUGUAAUGAUGGGGGAUGGUUUAUUUUGUUUUACCUGCUGCAUAGCUGAACAGCCUCAACCUAAGAGGCGGCGACGACUAGAUCCCAGUAUGAUAGGCGAGCCUACUGAAUUCCGACACACUGCUCACAUAGGAUCAGGAGAAGCUAGAAAUUCAUUAAAUGCAGAAGAAAGCAGGAAUAACAAGGCCAAUUCAUUAACCACUGUACAGAAUCAGAUGUCCAGUAAAGGAGGGUAUGAACAUGUUUGUCCUCAUGAUGUCAAGUUAAAUGUUAUAGAUCUGCCUCAAUCACAAAGAUGAAAUUAACGAGAGUAGCGUAGUUUAUCACAGGACUCCUGUCUGAUCAACAGAAAUGUAUAUAUUUCACAGAUAGUGCUUUAGUUGGAUGUUACCAUGGUUAUGAAGCUCUUAAUGUAUCUAUGCUUCUGAUUGGAUGAAAGACAUAAAAGGAUGUUUGUUGUUUCCAUGGUUAUACAGUUCUUUCAUUAUCAUGUUACUAUAUAUAGUUUUGUUACUGUAAUGUAUCAUAAUGAAAUAUAUGUACGUCAAUAUAAUUUAUUUUUCUUUUCCUAUAGAAAGAUUUCAUCAUGAUCAUAGUUAUAUUUCUACACAACUUGUAUAAAAAUACUGAAUUGACAUAAAGGACAAUAGGUCAUUUAGUUAGAGGGUAAACUGAGUUACAGAAAUGUAACCACUUUUAUGUCAAAAUGUAUGUAAUUGAGAGUUGUCAAGUUGCAUUUGGGAAAAUAGCAUGGACUACACACCUAUCAUCCUUGAAAUUUUUGAAAUUAUUUUAUAAAAGAUGAUGUUUUUAUGGUGUUAGAUAUACAUGCUAAAAUGCCAAAAAUUUGUGAUUGCCAGGCUUAGCAAAAAUUUCUCAGUGUUUCACUAUAGGAAGAUAAUUAUAAUUAAGUGAAGAGUGGUAAAAAAAAUCUUGUUGAACUUUCACAUUUUUAGAAUGAAGGACAAAUCUCAAUCUGAUUCAUUCCUGGUAAUAUUUUUAAAUAAACAUGUUUAAAUGUUGUGAUUGGUGAAAAAGGUUCUUAAGGAUGUUUGUUACUCUGUUUCAAAAUAACAAGCUUUUUGAAAGACUGUUAUAAAUUGAUAGUAUAUAAAUAAAGAAACUAGAAAAGCAGAAAAAAAUGAAGGGUCGGUGAGCUUGUUUUCGAGAUAUAAGCCAUUGAAAAUUUGGCUGGAAAUAAUUCUCUCUUGAUUUUUCAUACAUUUAACAUUGGCACCUUUUUUUUCUUUCAAAAACAAUGAAAAAAUAAGAAGGAUUUUAUUAGAUUUUCCAAGAUGACAUUUUAAACUACAUGUAAUCAAAUUAUGGAAAGAAAUGUAGGGGUUAGUGGGCAAAAUGUUUAAUGGCACUACAUGGAUAAAACCAGAGGAUUCGGAAUAUCUAGCAUAAAUUCAAAAACAAGAGGAGCGAACAUCCUUAACAGUGAAUAUUUGAUCACAUGUGUGACAGUUUACCCAUAAUACCUUACAUUCUGAAACUGCAAGCCACUGGUAAGGUUUAAUGCCUCCUGACACAAAGGCCUGAUACUACUAUUGCUUAAGUUUGAUUGGAUACAAUGUUAAUGUUGAAAUAUACAAAUAUAGAUUAAUUACACCUCUGUAAAAAACUAUACAUUUUUAAGCAUUGUGUAGAGACUGAAAUUUGCAUCUAUAAAUUUUGUAUUUUAUACAAGAAUUUUGUCAGUUUUUUUUUCAAGGUUGUUGAUCUCUUCUAGAUGUUUGUAAAAGGUCAGAGGUCGUGGCAAUAUGUGAUCUUUAUCCUAACAAAUUUUUGUAUAGACCAUGAAGCUGCUAGUUGGUGAUUUUUUUUAACCAUACUGAUGUUAUUAUUUUGAUGGCAAAUUAAAAAAAAAAAACAGCUACAUCCAAUCCUCAUACAUAAAUUCUGAAAAUAUUCUGUAAAAAUUAAGGUUUAUCAAAAAGUCUUGCUGGCAUGAGUCUUAUAGCCUAAAUAUCAAUCUUAGUGUUAAUUGACUUUUAUCACAUAUGUAUCACUAAUGGAUGAAAAGUAAAUAUAUCUGUUUAGUUAAUGUCAAUUUUAUUCUUUUGUUUUAUUGCAUCAUGGAAUGUUCUGUAAAAACUACAGCAGUUUUUUGUAGGAACUAAAUUUUUUUGUUAAAAACAGCAAUUUAUGAAUUUUAUAUUUAAGAAUACUUGUCAUCCCCCCUUUUUUUUAUAAUGUCAGACAAUUCAUUCAUUAAUGACAGAUAUAUAUUAACAGUUCAAUAUCUUAUGUGUUCAGACGUAAUGGUUGACCUUUUGACAGGUACAUUAGGUUAUGCAAUGAAAAAUAUAAAUGAAGAUGUAAUUUCAUAAUGUUUUUAAUCCAUAAUUUCAUUGUUACAAUGGCAAUUUCAAAUUGCCAUUUAACUUGUGAAGCCAAUUAGAACUUGCCAUAUCUGUGAAUCCUUGAACAAAUACAUUGACAGUUUUUUUUUCUUUUGAAACCUUUGUAUUUCCUUUUGUUCUUUUGAAGAGACAUUUACAACAUACAUUUGGAAAUUAUUUUAAAUUAUAUGUUUAAAAUUAAAUUCAGAUAAUUUAAGGAAAAUUUUAAUUAAUUAUUUGUCACUUAAACUUGAUUUUGUAAAAUCUUUUAGAAAUGAUUUGUAAAUCUAUUAAUCACUUUACAUAAUUACUCUGACUAAUAAUACCGCUUAUUACUAUUAAGCAUUGAGAUUUCAAAUUUACAAUUUUUUCACCAUUUGUAUUUUUAUUUUAUAUCAAGUGAUUCAUUAAGCUUUAAAUUCAUGGUUUUCUGGAUAACAAAAGAAUCUUUAAAGUUUGAUGGAAACUGAUUCCAACCAUAAGAAAGAUAACUCUUACAUUUUUGUAUAGAUCAAUUUUAUAGCUUUUGUUUAAGUUUGGAAAAAUUCUUAAAUAGCAGAACUAUUCUUCCCUUUUAAAGUUCAACACUCUACUUAUAUUUGUUCACAAUGAGAAUAUUUAGCUAUGCAUAAUAAAUAUUCAUUUUCACACCUUGAAUACAGUGCAUCAGUGAAAUUAAUUGUAUAGUAUAACUUUACACAGCAGGUUUAGGGGAGACAACUCACAAUUUACCACACCACUUGCUAUUUGUUGUAAAGAAAAAAAACUUAACAAAUGUUCAAAAUUAUAUUAUAAAAGAAACAUUGACACUCCAUUCUUAGUUUUGUUGGAGUUUUAGGGAUUGAAAUGUCUGAUUCUUAAUGAUGUAAAAUUUACAUUUCAAAUCCUAUAUUAACACAUUUGCAGGUUUGCCUGUCUAUACAAUGAUAAAAAAAUGUGGUUAUUUACAUAAGGAGAUGUAUAAAUUUCAAUUUAAUAAACAACUGGCAUUUACUCCUGUACCUGCAUGACAAUUCCUGAAUUUUUAAUUUUAGAUUCAACAGAUUUGAUAAUUGCUAUGUAAAAUAUAGUAUUUUGCUUUUAUGUGUUAUGAAGGCUGUUGACAGCAACACAUGACCUGGUUAUUAACCAAUAGAAUAUAAGAAAAUUCUAUAUAUUGUUGAAAUUACUUUUUUCCUGUUAUCCAGAAAACUUUUUUUCAUGUUUGAAUGUGUUAUCUACCCAUAUUACACAGCUGAGGGAUUUUUAUACAAAAUUUAUAUUUAUAUGUAUAUACUUGGGUGUUACAAUCCUUAAAAUAAAUUUAUAAUCCUGUUUAUAUAUAGAAUGGGUGUCAUAAUCCUAAAAAUAGAUUUAUAGUAUUGUUUAUUUAUAGAAUUGGUGUCAUAAUCCGUAUAAUAGAUUUAUAAUAUUGUUUAUUUAUAGAAUGCCUUAUAUCUGCGUUGACAAAUAGUUUAUCGUCACUGACAGGAAGUGAGAUUUGUUAAAUAUGUUAAAUGGAAAAAUUUACUUUUCUAGAUUUAACCUGUAUCUUUUGGUUUUUUGUGUUGUUGGGUUUCUGUUUCAUUGACAUAUACCUCACAUCUACUUGUAUUUAAACAUGUAUGAACUUAAAAAUAGAAGGGGUCUUGAUAUUUUUUGAAUGCAUCUCAAAACUUGAUUUGUAUUUAAUUAAAUGCCUUUUUGGCUUCUGUUUCAUUUCACCUUUUCUUCAAAUAAAGAAACUUGUUUAAAAAGAAAAAGAAAAUUUAAAAUAGUAUCAGAAAAUGUAAAAAAUCAAUCUUAG